AUGGGUAUGGUUGGACCUACAACCUUUUGGAGCUCGUACACAUUCUGGACGGGCUCCUCCAUUGCAGCAUCGAUACUGCUGGUCAAAGCUGCUCCAGAGUUCACUCUCAGUCAAAGUGUUACAAAGACAGCCAUUGCUAUAUUCUUCGCGCAAUGGCUUGUGUACGGCAUAUAUGCUGUGAUCCUGUACCCGAGGUAUCUCAGCCCAUUACGCCACCUGCCCACAGUGACGGAAGGGAGUAAUCCGAUCAUGGGACAGUGGUUUGCUAUCACUAGAGAAGCUUCUGGCGAACCGAUGCGAAGGUGGACGAAUACAAUCGAGAAUGACGGCAUGAUUCGGUACCUGGGCUUCUUCAAUCGCGAACGCAUUCUGCUUACGAAACCAAAAGCGCUAUCAGAAGUACUCAAUACCAAGAACUACGAAUUCCAAAGACCUGGAUUAUUGCUUCGAGGUAUCAAAGCCAUCCUUGGCGAAGGUCUGUUGCUUGCAGAGGGCGAUGAUCACAAAUUCCAACGGAAAGGACUUGCGCCAGCUUUCGCCUUUCGCCACAUCAAAGAGCUAUAUCCUAUAUUCUGGUCGAAAUCCAGGGAAAUGGUCAAGGCUAUGGAAGAAGUCGAACUUUCAGGUGAGAAGCCCAAUGAGGCUGUUGAGAUCGGAGGAUGGGCAUCUCGUGCCGCACUAGACAUCAUAGGGCUCGGAGGAAUGGGUCAAGAUUUCAAUUCGUUGGCAGACCCGAACACGGAACUGAACAAUACCUAUCGAAAGGUGUUUUCUCCCAACCGUCAAGCACAAAUACUUGGCUUGUUGCAGUUCUUCAUCCCAGGCUGGAUUGUUCGAGCCCUGCCACUUAGUCGCAACGAUGACAUCGCGGCAGCGUCCAAAGUGGCUCGUGGCACAGCUCGAAAUCUGAUCAGACAGAAAAAGGCCCGUCUUGAUCAGAAGGAGAAGAUGAACCCAGAUAUCAUUUCCAUUGCGCUCGAGUCUGGUGUCUUUACAGAGGAAAAGUUGCUGGACAACAUGAUGACCUUUUUAGCAGCAGGACACGAGACAACUGCAAGCUCUCUAACAUGGGUUGCCUAUCUUCUUGCGAAGCAUCCCGAGGUACAGAGCAAGUUGCGGGAUGAGAUUCACGAGCACAUCAGCAACCUCAACAAUGACGUGGAUGACACCAUCAUCGACCAAAUGCCAUAUUUACACGCAGUUUGCCAAGAAGUACUCCGACUAUAUCCUCCUGUCCCAGUCACACUUCGUGAGGCCGUGCAAGACACUUCUAUACAGGGUCAGCCAAUCCAAAAAGGGACUGUGAUCAUGUUGAGUCCAUGGGCCGUCAAUGCUUCCAAAGAGUUGUGGGGUGACGAUGCUGAUCAGUUCAACCCGGAAAGAUGGAUGGGCGGUAAGGCUAACUCUGGUGGUGCAACAAGCAAUUACGCUGCGCUGACCUUUCUGCAUGGGCCGAGGUCGUGCAUAGGGCAACGCUUUGCAACGGCUGAAAUGGCAUGUCUGACAGCAGCUCUGGUUGGAAAGUUUGAUUUCGAGCUGUCAUACCCCGACCAAACAGUAGUCAUCAAAGGCGGAAUUACUGCAAGACCAAGGGACGGAAUGCACCUGAAGCUGAAGCCUGUUAAGUGGUAG